AUGAUCAUUUUCAAGGACAUCCUCACCGACGACGAGAUCAUCUCCGACUCCUACGAUCUCAAGUUGAUCGACGGUGUCGUCUAUGAGGCCGACUGCAAGAAGAUCACCAUUGGUGGUGAGACCUUCGAUACUGGUGCCAACGCCUCUGCCGAGGAGCAGGAGGAGGGUGCCGAGGACGCGGCUGAGACCAAGAUCGAUGUCGUCUACUCUUUCCGCCUGAACGAGACCGGCUUCGACAAGAAGGGUUACCUGACCUACCUCAAGGGCUACAUGAAGGCUGUCAAGAGCAAGCUCCAGGAGAAGGGUGCCUCUGCCGAAGAGAUCAGCGCUUUCGAGAAGGGUGCUGCCGCAUACGCCAAGAAGAUUGUUGCCAACUUCAAGGACUACGAGUUCCUCACUGGCGAGUCCAUGAACCCUGACGGCAUGAUCGUCCUCCUCAACUAUCGCGAGGAUGGUGUCACCCCCUACGUUACUGUCUGGAAGCACGGUCUUACCGAGAUGAAGGUUUAA